AUGGCCGAAGGAGGGGCGGGUAAAGGUAACGGAAAAGACCCCGCCAAAUCCACCGAGCAAGAAGACCGAACUCGCCCCCAUGUCCUCUCAGGAGCAGGCUUCUGUAAAUGGUUCAACGUACGGAUGGGGUUCGGAUUUAUCUCAAUGACGAGUAGCGAGGGGAGCCCGGUCGACCCCCCUCUGGAUGUUUUCGUCCACCAAAGUAAACUGGUGAAGGAGGGCUUCCGCAGUCUCAAAGAGGGGGAGCAGGUGGAGUUCACCUACAAGAAGUCCUCGAAGGGCCUGGAGUCCCUGCGGGUGACGGGGCCCGGUGGGGGACCCUGCGCAGGCAGCGAGAGGAGACCCAAAGGGAAGGUCCCACUGCAGAAACGUAAACCAAAGGGAGACCGCUGUUAUAACUGCGGAGGUCUGGACCACCAUGCCAAGGAGUGUGGCCUGCCCCCUCAGCCAAAGAAAUGCCACUACUGCCAGAGCAUCACGCACAUGGUGGCUCAGUGUCCCCACAAGGCGCUGGCGCCUGCCACCGGCUCUCAGGACCCACAAGCGAUUACCUCGGCCUCCAGCCCAGGGACUGGGCCCUACCUCCAACCCCCAGAGGAGGAGGAGGAGCGCUCUGGUUCAUCUCCUCUGGAGGGCUCCUCCUCGUCGGAGGAGCCCCAGGCGUACCGCGGGACCCAGACCCAGAGAUGGAGGAAAUCCUGA